UUUCAUAAAUGCAUAGCGACAACUGCAAAUGUUGUUCAUUACUUGCGCUGGAAUGUUAACGUUCACCGAAAGUCAAUUUUAUUUCUGUAGAAUCACAUUAUAAAGAACUGUGGGACUUACAUGCUUUUUAUUAUCAUAUAGCCCUCAUAAAGCCCUUUUGAUCAACUGGUCAAUCAAGUUUGGCCUGCGCAGAGCACUAACAUCUACCUAAUCCAGCAUCUUUGCUCGCUAGCAGUGCCCUACCUCAUUGAUGGUCUUGAGACUAAAUGGAAGUAAAUUCUCACAGCCGUGUUCCAAAAUCCAGUGUAAAAUUGCCUUGCCUAUUUGAACGGUUAAGAAGGAAAUAGCUCAAUCUGGCAACAUGGAGCCGUUCUUACUACUACGUCGGUGUGCGCUAGUUUCAAUACAGUGAACUAAAAAGUAUCAUGAUGAAGGGAGUGUCUGGACUUCUCAUUUUUCUUCUCUCUACAGCUGUGUGGGCAAAGAAAAUGCGCUGGUGUACAGUGUCAGAGCCGGAGCAGAGGAAGUGUGCAGACCUGGCUAAAGCACUUUUAGCUGUCCUUUCUCCUGCUACGGCUACAUCCUUGGGCCGACUGUCCUGUGUGAGAACCUACAGCACAGCUGACUGUCUCAGUAGGAUACGGGAUAAUAAAGCUGAUCUUGUGACUCUGGAUGCUGGAGAGGUUUAUUCUGCAGUAAAGCAGUUUGGUCUCACAGCAGUGGCCAAAGAAAUCUACAGUGAUGGUGGCUGUAUUCGGGCAGUAGCGGUUGUGAGGAACACAAGUUCACUAGACAUCCGCUCUCUAAAGGGAAGUAGAAGCUGUCACAGUGGAGCUCGCUGGACAUCAGGCUGGAGUCUGCCUUUAGGACACCUCCUUUCACGCAACUACCUGCCCUGGGUUGAAGGACAGCCCCUCAGUCAGGCGGUCAGUGCCUUUUUCAAUGGCAGCUGUGUUCCUGGAGCAGGACACAUGGGGCAUAGCCUGUGUUCCCAGUGCCAAGGUCAAAGGUCAUAUGUUCCACAGAGAAACUCCUACUGUGAGACAUCUCACAAUGAACCGUUCUACCAUAAUCAAGGAGCUCUCAGGUGCCUGCAGUCAGGAGCUGGAGAUGUAGCUUUUGUGGAUCACUCAAUGUUGGGUAGUUUAAAAGACAGUGAGAAGGACGAGUACAGGUUGUUGUGCACAGACGGUACUCAAGCUCCGCUUAGCAGUUUCAGCACUUGUAAUCUUGGCCGUGGUCCUGGUGGUGGUGUGGUCACACGUGUUAACCUCCGUAAGAUUGCUCGCAGGUUCUUGAUAGCUGCUCAGAUGGCAUUCGGCAAGAGAGGAAAAGAGCGUGAGCGUUUCCAGCUUUUUAGUUCAUCAGCGUAUGGGGUGAGUGACCUGAUGUUUAGAGAUGUCACGGAUAAACUGUCCAUUCUGCAAGAGGACAUAGACAUCAGUCAGGUUCUAGGACUGGACUAUGUUGCUUUACUGAAGGGCCUCAGACAUGAAGGAAGCUCUCUGGAGGACAGUGUGGUGAGAUGGUGCUGUAUAAGUCAUGCUGAACAGGAGAAAUGUGAGCGUUGGGCUCUUAGCAUAAAGUCUGAUCCUCUCGUGUGUGUGAGAGCCUCAUCUAUGAGUGACUGCAUUGAGCAGAUCAAGAGGGAUAAAGUGGAUGCUGUGUCUCUGGAUGCUACACAUGCCUUUAUAGCUGGAAAAUGUGGCCUUGUCCCUGUAGUGACUGAAUAUUAUGGGGCCAAGUGUGAAUCCACUGAAGCAGGAGACAGCUAUUUUGAAACUAAAGAUCUGCCACCAGUGUAUAGUGUGGCGGUGGCACGGCGCUCAAGCAAAAGUGUGUAUUUUGGGAAUUUUGGUGGCCGACGUUCUUGCCACAGUCACGUAUACAGUCCUGCUGGCUGGGUUUUGCCUUUGAAGCACACACUGAGUGCAGAACAUAACAAAGGUUCCUGUGAACCAAACAAAGUGUACUCGAAGGUGUUUUGGAAAGGCUGUAUGCCAGGAGCUGAGGACAGUAUGUGUAAGGUGUGUGUAGGUGGAACAGAGGAAGUUGCCACUAAACGAUGUACCAACAACCACAAUGAGCGCUACUACGGGAACAUGGGAGCCCUGCGGUGCCUGGUUGGAGACCCCAGUGGAAAAAGCUUUGGAGAUUUGGCAUUUAUGGAGCAUCACAACCUAGAAAGCAACAUUAAAUAUCUUAACAGCAGUGGUUGGGCUACAGGCUUCUUUGCCCAGGAUUUUGAGUUGCUGUGUGUGGAUGGACGACGGGCUCCACUGACAGAAUGGAAGACGUGUAACCUUGGAGCCAUUCCACCCAACAUUGUUAUGACAAGACCCGUACUCACUGCUCACAUUUAUGACUUUCUCAUAAAGUCACAGGAAAUGCGUCCAAAUUCUGACUUCAGUCUGUUUGAGUCUCAGCAGUAUGGUGAAAGUGAUCUUCUCUUUAAAGAUGCCACACAGUGCUUGGUUCACACUAGCCAAAUGGAUUACCACUCUAUACUGGGAGAGGAUUUCUAUUCACAAGCAGAAAGCAUCUUUAAGUGCACACAUUCAGACAUUCUGCAGUUUUGCAAUCAAGAUGUGUGCAGCAUAUUCUAAUCAACCUGACAUCAUAUGACAUCAAGAGGGUUUAUUUAAUAUCAUAUGCCCCUUCCAGUAAAUUACUAAUCUUCUGAUUGUGUUGUUGGUACAGAGUACUGAUGUAACAUUUCAAGUCAUGAUAG